GGGAGCGCAUCCCACGACAAGAUGUUGGGGAACAACUAUGAGGAAGUCAACAGCUGUGCUUCUGUGUUGCCGGGACGCCUACUGCCCGGGUAUAAAGGCCGCCCCGGGCAGGAGCCUCCAGAACUCACCGCCCUCCUCCCUGACUCCACUCCAGCCCCACCAUGUGCCACACCAGCUGCUCCACGGGCUGCCAGCCGGCCUCCUGCUCCCCCAGCUCCUGCCAGACGUCCUGCUACGUGCCCGUGAGCUGCAGGCCCGCCCUGUCCGUGAGCUGCAAGCCCGCCGUGUACGUCGUCCCCUCCUGCCAGUCCUCUGUGUGUGUGCCCGUGAGCUGCAAGCCCCUCGUGCUCAUGGCCUCCUCCUGCCAGUCCUCCGGGGGCUGCCAGCCCUCCCGCCCCACCCUGCUCUACAGACCCGUCUCCUGUAGCACCCCGUCCUGCUUCUGACCGGGAUCGCCCCCCACCCCCAGCUGCUCCCAGGGCACAGGGAGCCACAUCUGCGACCCUCCUGGGGCAAGUCUUCAGUGGCCUCUGGGUUCUGCACAGGCAGAUGAAGAACGUGCCCAGCGGACCCUCAGAAGCCCAUGGCGAGGAUGUGGCGGAAUGACCCGGGCCCCUCUGUGACCCAGCGUAGGCCCUUGGGAGGCCUAGUUUCCGGGGUUCUCUGCCUCCAGCGGGAACCAGCCCUGUGUGAUCCAAAUAAAUCAUGCU